UUUACUAUCGGUGCAUAGGUGAUACAGUUUGGAUUCCUUUCUUUCCGUACACAAUAAUCCCUGAUUUAACGAAAGUGUUGCUGAUUCAGUGGCAUUGCAUGAUGGCUGAAAAUAUAUUCCUUUUUGUACCAAAUUUAAUCGGUUAUGCAAGAAUACUCCUGGCAUUUGCAUCAUUCUAUUUCAUGCCUUUUGAUCAUGUGACUGCAAUAACUUGUUAUAUGUUGAGUAGUGGACUUGAUGCCAUUGAUGGGCAUGCUGCAAGGUAUCUUGGCCAAGGUACAAAAUUUGGUGCUAUGCUGGACAUGCUAACAGACAGAUGUGGCACAAUGUGCCUGAUUAUAGUGCUAUGUCAGUUUUAUCCAAAGUAUACCAUUGUCUUGAUGUUCAACUUAUGUGUUGAUAUUGUCAGUCACUGGAUGCAUACUUGGGUUUCUGCUAUGAAAGGAAGCUCUAGCCAUAAGGUGAUAGAUCUUGAGGGCAACCCAAUCCUGAAACACUACUAUACCAACAGGAUCAUCCUUUUUCUCAUGUGUGCUGGUAAUGAAUUGUUCUUUGGUACACUCUAUCUGAUUCACUUCACUGCAGGGCCCAAAUUGCCCAUCAUCUCUUUGAGUCUGUGGACCUCGCUGUGUGUGCUCUGUGCUCCUGUUGCUGUUAUGAAGACUGUUAUCAGCUUGGUACAAUUAUAUGCUGCUUCCCUCAAUGUUGCUGCCAUAGAUGUCACAGAAAGGGAAGAAGCUAAGAAAAAAUCUACAUGAAUUCAUGACAAUCAAGGAGGUCAAGUUUAAUUUGAUUUCAUGAGAUCUUCAAGUAAUUUUGCAUAGCAUAACACCUCAUACCUGAUUUUAGAAGUCUUUUUUGUUACAAACAUUACCGUAUGUAACAAAAAAUUACUUAAUUUAGAUAUGAAUAAAAUGGAACUUUCAGUAUCACUUUUUGGACACCAUCUGCCCCUGUAUUUUUAAAUCCAAUAAGAUGAUCAACUUUAUUUUAACCAUUUCUGGUUUAUUUAUACAUGGAUGACAACUAAUAGUUGAAACAAAUAAUGUAACACCCCACAACAAGUAGUAUUGCUUUUUGAAGGAAAUGGUCCUAUAUAAACAAUGGAAAGGAUCCAGUGUAACAAUUUUUUUUUCAAAUUUUCCAUAUUUCGUUAUGUUAGAUUGAUUGCUGGAAUGCUACAGGUAUGAGACACUCCCUCAAAAAAUUAUGGUACCUGACCCUCUUUUUUUUUUCUAAACAAUAAGCCCAAUCAGCAAUGAUAUUCCAAGUUUUGAAUAUGUAAGAAUGAAAUUCCUAUGACAAAAAUGAUAUUCCUUAGAUAUGACUUGGCCUCCUUAAUUAAGCCUAUGAAUAAAUCAGUUCAAGAAACCACCUCAACACUGACAGACAAAGUUCUCCUCCGUGGUAUUUCUUUGAAGUUACAGAUGAUUGUAUAAAUCUAUGUUGUGCUGGGUUUUGAAUUUGUGGAUAUGAGUAUUUAGAUGUAAGAGUUGACACAUUUUACUAGGGCAGAUUUAAUAAUUCCAUUUGUUUUUUUUAAAUUUAAAUUAUUGUUUUUCUUUUUAUCAAGAGCUUAUAAAAUAUGUGGGUAUUACCUCCAAUAUUUCUGUGACUGUCAUUAGCCACAAGUAUGAAAGAACACAAAGACUCAGUGGCCAAAAACAACUGGAAAUCAGCCCUUGGAGAACAUACCUGCAAACAUCCAGGUCACCACAUUGAUUUUGACAGCCUGAAGGUAAUAGACAGGGAAAACUGGACAUUCCAAAGAAAAAUAGCAGAAGCUGUACACAUCAGGACCAAACAACCAGACCUGAACAGACAGGGGGGAUAUGAUCUACCAGCUAUCUACCUCACGGUGCUCCAGAGGGAUGUAGAGGAGUCCCGUGGGGAGGAUGUAACAGUUACAACACAAGGCCAGUGAUUAGGGGCAAUUGACCUGGAUUUUCAUUCCAGGUGAAAUGACCCUA